AUGGAUGGCGAUCAACGCAUCAAGCACCUUCAACAGUUGAUGGCCCAAUCAUCCAACACGGCCAGAGGCCGAGUCAUGAAUCGCUUCGAGCAAGCCACGCGUGCACGUGGGAAUCCGACGGGAAUCUCACAGGCGCCAGACCGCACGACCAUGUCCUACGACUAUGGCUACACAGGCAACGCUUUCCCCAGUGAUCUACAAGUGUGCAAUCGCAUUUGGCGCACCAGCAGCAAGAACAUCAUCACACCACCACAACAACAGCAGACCAGCCCCGGAUCUACACAGCAACUAAAUCGACGGCGCGCAAAUGCCGAAACCAUCCCAUUGGUUCCCUACGAUUCGGGCAUGCUGUACAGCUUUGGUUCCCAGCAGGGUCCAGCUCACGGAGCCUUUGAUGUCGUUCCACAGUACUCGACACGGCAGUCUGCAGGGAUGGAAGCCCUGUCAAACCAGAUGCCUAUAUCGCAAUAUUUCACAGACGACGCCGCAGGCUCGGGCGUCCCUGGUCUCUCCCCCUACCUCAAUGCACUAUCAUAUAAUGAACCCGGUCCCAUGGCGCGAUCGAGCACUGCGCAGCCCUUCCCGACAACCUUGGCCGAAUUUACGCCGAUGGAGAUUGGAUCCUCGACUCGAUUAGAUCCGUCUGCUCUGUCGUCGGGCCUGGAUCAGCCGGCGAUCGAAUGCCACUUGAAGUCUCUCACGGAUCCCCUGGAUCACCCCGAGUACCAGCGAGCUCUGUGCAGUACCUUUGAUCGAAUACGCGCGGGCCGCUUGAUCGAAGCAAGUAAAUCAUUGCUGAAAAUCUCCGAAUGGCUCGUUACCAAUGCACGGGAUCUUGGAAUCCUGAGUGACAACCACAAACAGCACCCUCGUCGCCUCCAAUUCUGGAACGACUUCAACAUCUGCUGGCUCGCUCUCUGUCAAAAGCAAAAGAAUCUCACGCAAGACGUCAUGACGAUGGGUCAUCCGUCGUCUCAGACCAGUCUUCUCAGCCGUGAUCGAAUGGAGGCGCUCGGUAAAGAUCUGAUCCAGCUCUGUGAUCAGCUGGAACAGCAUGGAUUGGUGGAUUACCAGAUGGGGAUUUGGGAAGAGGAGAUUCUCUCCGAUCCGAAGAUGCAGACUCCUCCUCCCUCCUUCUCCGCGUCCAACUCCGACUCCUCUCUCUCUCUACGCGCGCAAUGCACAAGUACAAACGCACGGAUCCCAUUAAAGGCCGAAAGGAACCCGACGCAAUGGAAGCGGGGCGGAGCGGCACGCUUGAUGACGGACUAA